CGCUAUCGCUUAAUUGCUGUACCCGUUGGGUUGUUUACACACAUGAUCGUACACCGUGUGUGGGCUUGAUGAGGAUAUAUAUCAUAAGCUUAUCGUCGUUCCGUUUCGGUCACGAUCUUCCAUCUAAUCACCUUGUUUCUCUCUAACAAGCGCGAGCCAGGCGCAUCUGAAUAAGCAUAUUCCUCGACAGGAAGUAGUCUUCUUGGCCGCCAAGCGCAUCCAUCAUGGAUAUCAUCAAGACGAUCGCGCAGUAUCCGCCUCCGUCGCGGGAGCUGUGGACCAACCUCGUCUGGGCCUGGCAGUUCUUCCCAUUGUUCGCCGCCGUCCAAUGGUUCACCGAUUUCUACCCACAGGGCAAGACCUCCAUCAACUCCCGCUUCAACUUGCCCGGGAAAUGGGGCUGGUUCCUUAUGGAGAUCCCAGGCUUCCUGACCGUGCUCUACUGCAUGAUCACGAUCCCUCGCGCCGAGAACCUCGCCGGUCUCCCCAUCGCCAACUGGACCAUGGCCGGCGCCUUCACCAUCCACUACAUCUACCGCGCGAUCCUCAGUCCUCUGGUCCUGAACCCUUCCAUGUCUCCCAUCCACCCGACCGUCUUCUUCUCCGCCAUCGCCUUCCAGAUCAUCAACGGCCUUAGCAUCGGCGGCUGGCUCGGCGGCUACGGUCCCCGGACGAUCUACGACUGGAGCGGCCGCGCGUACGAGAUUGAAAUCGGCCUCAUCAUCUGGGGCUGGGGUCUGCUCCUCAACAUCUUCCACGACGACGAUCUCCGCGAGAUCCGCCGCGCCGCGAUGAAGAGGCAGCGCGAACAGGCGGCCAAGGACGGCAAACCCGUCGAGGGCGUCGAGAAGUUUUACAUGAUGCCCAAGAACGGUCUGUUUCACUACGUCCUGUAUGCGCAUUACUUCUGCGAGUGGAUCGAGUGGGCCGGCUUCUGGAUGGUCGGUGGUCUCCACUGUAUCCCUGCGAGGACUUUCCUGCUCAAUGAGAUCUCGACCAUGUUGCCGAGGGCUUUGGCGGGACGGAGAUGGUACAUUCAGAAAUUCGGAAAGGAUCGGGUGGGCAACCGCAAGGCGGUGAUCCCGGGAUUGUUGUGAAAGGGCUUGAGAUGAAAUUUGUUGCCGAUGGGCUUUUGGAACUCGAGAUUGGAUGUUUGCAGAUGGCCUACAUCAGAUUUCCUAAGGCCGAGGAGAUCAAGUUGUCUCGUCUAAUAUUUUUUGAGGCGAUUUAUCUAGGAGAACGGACCACUCAGUCUGUCUGCAGUUUUUCUAUCGGAAAUCGACGGCUAUGCAGUUUGAUCUCGACCUGAUCUCGUCCGGUGUCCACACGCAUGCAUAAAUACUUUCCGUUCCUUGAGCGAAGCCUGCCCAGGUG